ACCCGUUCUGGCCUUCUGGGUUACUCUCCGAAUCCGACUCUCGAUCAUCUAUCCCCUAUCCGUUCCUCAAACAUUAAUCUCACACCGACGUUAACCCAGAAAACCUUCCCACUCGAUCUAUUUUCCUUGCAGAUUUCUCUUCCGUGUUUAAUUUAAUUUAAUUUAAUAAUUCGUUUUUGAAUCUCUUGUUUCGCCGGCGAAAUGACACUCGGCGGCCCCAAGAAGCGCCAUCGCGCCACCGAACCCUCCGGUAGCCGCCAUCUGUCCACGAUCGCAGUCAUCGACUCGUCGGUCUCCGACAAAAGCGUCGCCGAAGUAACCCAAACCCCACGCUGUGCCCCAACCACCACUGAUGCCGCCGGCAGCAACAUCUUCUUUAACGACUCUUCUACCGCCGACGUCAUCCUCCGCCUCUUUGUCGAAACCGCCUCAUCAACUGAAUCUUCCUCCGAUUCUCGGUCCGUCGAUCACUGCCCUUCCACCUCCGUCUACCUCCACUCUGACAUUCUCCGCCGUUCGAUGUACUUCUCUGCCCUCUUAUCCGACCGAUGGAUGGGCCAGUCCAAACCGGAUGACUCCGAUAACUUGUUUAGACUUAAUCUUAGUGUUCCUUCUACUCCGGGUUCCAUUCAGUCCCAUCUCACGGUGCUGGAAUUGCUCUAUUCUAAUGAUUUUGCUAAUACCAUUGAUAGUGCAUCCGCUGCUCUCGACCUCCUCGCAGUUGCCCUCGAAUUUUUGUUCGAAGAUUGCAUUCGCUCAUGCGUUACUUUCCUGGAGGCAGUUCCUUGGACCGAAGAGGAAGAGAAGAGAGUUUUGAACUUGAUCCCUUUUCUUAGUGAAGAAGAGUCAAAGGAGCUUCUUGCCAGGGUUACCCCUGUAAAGGCGGAUUCGUGUGAAGUAAUGCUUGAAGAAUUGAUACUUUCGGCCAUUCACAAUUAUCAGAAUAUGGCUUAUGUCAAGGCCUUUGUUGCUAAGAUUUUGAGGGAUUUUUCUUCGAGGGAAUCAGCCAAGAGGGUCUUGGAGAAGGCAUUCAACGUGAGCUUGAAGACUGUGAAAGAGUCCUUGGAGGAGUAUUCCAGUCCUGAUUUUAGGUGGCACCAUGAUGAAACGGAGGCGAUUCAGCGGUUGAAUUUGCACAAAGCGAUGACGGACGGGAAGCAUCUGCUGUGGUUGGUGGAGAGAAUGAUUGAGCUGAGAGUGGCUGAUACGGCCGUCAAAGAAUGGAGUGAGCAGGCAUCGUUCACUGCUGAUUUGCAGAGGGCUUUUCGGGAUGAUGCUUGGAGAAAUAUUGCUCCGGGUCUUCCUGCCGUCGUGCUUCGAUGCACUUGCAAGUUAGCAAAUGCAGUAACUGCAGGAACCAUUUUGGCUACUAGAUCGGUGAGAAGGAAACUUGUUGAAGAUUGGCUGCCUGUUCUAGUUGUAUGCAAAGAUAAUGUUGCACCAAUGUUACCCAUAAACAAAUCAUUGUAUCUGGAGCUGGAAGAAACAUUUUUGGGAAUAAUCUCCACAUUGCCCAUGUCAGAUGCUCAAGAACUGUUGCCGCGGUGCCUUAGCUUCUCAACGCGAAAUGUUGAAGAUUGUCCUCAUUUGGUGACUGCAUUCAACACCUGGUUUCGACGUGCAGCCCAACCCUUCAAACCAGACCACUGAUAAAAAUGAGGCAGAUGUUUUCGAUAUCUUUGUUGCUUGGCUUCUGAUCAAACAUCGUUCACGUGUAUAUCAAUGUUCAUAAAGUUAAAAGGAGUACAGAAUGAAGGUGUCCAUCUUCUAGGUGAUGUGCGGGUCCUAGAACUUUGACCUUGUUUUAUCCUCACUCUUCAUUUGGUAUCUAGAUCUCACGGCCGCACACUCAGUAAUGUAUGAGCUGGCUUCGAUCUAAGGAUGCAUGUAUUACUAGAAAAUUUGGAAAUCCCACUUAAUAAUUUAUUUUGUCAUA